GUUUAGACACAGUGCAAAAAUCAUGGCGGAUGGCCCCAGGUGCCAGCGCAGAAAACAGAGACUGCCACGACGCAACAAUGUGAGGAGUCUUAGCAGUGUGCCGGAGGCGACCUCAGAUUCAGAUGAUGAAGACAAACUGCAGAUUGUAGAAGAAGACAGUGUUGCUGACGAUCCUGACCAAAAGCCAACAGUAUUACAGCUGAAAGCAGCACAGCAGAUCUCUGACACAUGCACACAAGACGAUGGCAGCCUGGGGCCAGACACUUUAAUACAAGAAAUAAGGGUCAAAGAGGAGUGUGUCAGUGAUGAGGAAGAUGGUGCUGAAGAUGAAGCAGCCAGUGAGGAAAAGCAGACGGAAACCGAGCCCGUUUACUCAGACGCAGCAGAGGAGCAUCAGAGAACGCCGGAGCGAGGGGUCCACGAUGAGAACGGCACUCCUGAUGCAUUUUCACACCUGCACACGUGUCCGCACUGCUCUCGCGGCUACAAGCGGCACACGUCGCUGAAGGAGCACAUCAGACUACGCCAUGAGAAGAACGACGACAACUACUGCUGCUCCCUCUGCAGCUACACCUUCACCUACCGCACGCAGCUCGUCCGUCACAUGACCGCGCACAGACACAUCCGAGAGCAGCGAACUCUUACGCAGUCGGGAAGCAGGAAAUUUAAGUGCACAGAAUGCUCCAAGGCCUUCAAAUACAAGCAUCACCUAAAGGAGCACCUGCGCAUCCACAGCGGUGAGAAGCCGUAUGAGUGCCCCAACUGUCGAAAACGAUUCUCACAUUCGGGAUCCUACAGUUCUCACAUCAGCAGUAAGAAGUGUUCAAGCGUGAUCGGCGUCACUCGUACACCUGGAGUGAAAACGACUAUAACCAUUCCCCGCCCAACUCACAUCCUUCUGAGGGAGAAGGUGGUGAACAUUACCAACAAGCCUCCGCAAAAACAGCUCACCCUCAAACAGAUCAAACAGGAGCCUGUAGAACACCAACCCAAACCUGCCUCAGCCACUCCUGCCAUGGCUGCCACCACAACCAAUGGAGUCGUGGCUCCGCAGAGCGUCCUCCAAACAUUGGUCCUGCCCACAGUCGGGCUGGUCCAGCCAAUCAGCAUCAACCUUAGUGACUUACAGAACGCGCUGAAUGUGGCAAUGGAUAGCAAUGUCAUCAGGCAAAUGGUCACUAGCACCAAUGCAAACGGAACAAGUGCUAAAAUCGUAGGGCAAGUUCCAACGCAGACACAAGCUGUUGUGUUGCAACCACAGCAGACACAGUCACAGACGCAGCCGCAGGUGAUCUCCGCUAUCUCUUUGCCAGUUGUGGGACAAGACGGAAACCCCAAAAUAAUCAUCAACUACAACCCCCAGUUAGACCGACAACUCAACACUGUAAAAGUAAACACAACACAGCCCACUGUGGGGCAAACUAAUGUGACGCAGACAAAUUCCACAACGUCUAAUGUCGCACAGCCGAAAGUGGUGCAGGUUCAUUCGGUUCAGUCCAGCUCGACUGAAAACCAAGCAUCAGGAACUGCUAAACCCACACAGGUAAACAUCAUAAAACCAGUCCAAAUGGGAAACCUCAACAAAACACCGUCUAUAAUCAAGAUAACCCCCGCACAGGCCGCCAGGCUGGUUCAAGCCCGAGCGGCACAACCAAAACUCACCCAUCAAACGUUACUGUUGGUGAGGAGGGCAGACGGGUCACAGAGCCUCGUGGUCCGCCAAAUGCCAGUCACCAAUGCCAACACGCAGGCCACGGAGUUAAAAUCAACCCCGGAAAAGACUACAAACGCACCAACUGAGGAAACGAAGGAGACUGAAAAUACUGAAAAUUGUGAAGAGCAAAACUUGACGGCACCACUAGGAAUCCAAAUCAAAACCGAACCGGACUCCCCAUCCAAAUCUGAACCAGAAAUACAGAGUGAAGGAGAGGACGAGAUGCAGGCAGAUGAAUAUGAAGAAGAAGAAACAGAAACAGCAUCAAAAACUAAUGAAGUCUCGUGCUCUGGAACGGUUCACAGCGGCGUCUCGUGUGGAGAUAACUUUCAUAAUUAUGCGUACUGUCUGCUUUGUGACAGCUGUCCGGGUAAACGUAAAAUGCUAGAGAGUAAAGAGAGUAAUGCCAAAGCGUCGCCUACCACCAUCUCACUCACCUCUCUCCUGGAUAAGGAUAAGAGUGGUGCAGCAGAACGCCUCCUUCCUCUUCUGAAGGCCUACAGUCAGAACCCGGAGCCCACAGAGGAGCAGCUGGCUCAGGUCGCCAAGACGGUCACUCCCCUGGAGGCGGUCAGCAAGUGGUACCAGAAAAUGCGCUCCAAAAGGAUACUGCUGCAGGCUACUGGCAACUCGAAAAACAAGAAAACACCGCCAUCUCCUGAGUCUCAAGAACCAACCUCAACUCAAGACACCCGCACUCCCACUCCUCCCCCUGACUCCAGCCCCUCAGAUGAGGAGCAGAACAGAAGCUCCGCCUCCCCCGCAUCUCCUCCAGCCAGUGUCUCCACCGAUGAUCUGGUCAUUGUGAAGACAGAAGAGGUGGAAGAGGAGCUGCAGUGUGAACCGCUGGACCUCUCGCUUCCUAAAUCCAGCUCCACUCCACCCGGCACCACCAAGCUGCCUGUCUCCACCCAAAAAGAGCCCCUCAACCUCAGCAGCCUCAAGAAGCAAACUCUGGCAGGCAACACCAUCUAUGUGGCACAGGGUGGCACGGGGCCAUUAAACAUUGUGUCCGCGUCAUUGCCAACGCUGGUGGCCAUAGCAGAGCCAGGCGGUGUUCCAUGCAUCAGCUCUGCAAUAUCCGGAAACAAACGCACAAUACUCAUCCCACAGCUCACCUACACCUACAACAGUACCGAGGCACCCAAUAAUGCCUUGACUGAGAAAAAGUCCAUGGUUAUACUCAACAACAGUCCGAAACUCAUAUGGUCCGACGUCACUUCUGACUGCACAUCAGAGGAGCAGAACGAUGAAGAAGAAAUGCACGUCAUAAAGAGGAGGAGGAAGAUUCUCAGUGGCAUGUACGCCUGCGAUCUGUGUGACAAAAUCUUCCAGAAGAGCAGUUCACUGCUGCGACACAAGUAUGAACACACAGGCAAGCGUCCGCACGAGUGCUCCAUCUGUAAUAAAGCCUUCAAACACAAGCACCACCUGAUCGAGCACACGCGCCUUCACUCCGGAGAGAAACCCUAUCAGUGUGACAAAUGCGGGAAACGCUUCUCCCACUCGGGCUCUUACUCCCAACACAUGAACCACAGAUACUCCUACUGCAAGAGGGAAACACAGGAGCUGCCCGAACAGAUCAGCACCUCCACCACUCCUCCAUCACAGCCCGACUCAGACGAGAGAGAGAGCGAUGAGGAAGAGGAGGAGGAGGAAGACGAUUCAUCAGCCCUGGACAUGAGCGACAUCAGAGUGGUGCAGAUAGGAGACGAAUACGAGGAUGAGGAAGAGAGCGGAGUGGAAGAAGAGACGGAGGAUGGAGGAAUGAUAAUGGAGCUGGAGCUUGGGGAAAAUGUGGAGACGGAGGAAACGAGGGAGGACACGGUUUUCACUAAUAAUGAGGAAAACAUGGAGGUGGAAACUGAGGAUUGAAUUUGCUGUGAAGCCUCAGCUCUUUACUGUGUAUAAAUCCCAGGUGUGCCUGAUUUACAGAAAACAAUGAUUCCUUGUUGGAGAGAAGGAAAAAAGAAAAAAUAGGAGAAACUCCCAACACAACUAGACUUCAUAGGACUCGGUUGUUUUGGCUUUGUUCCGUUACUGAUCCGG